AUGGAAGUGCCGAGACCCCAAAAUCGACUAGAAAUCGUCUCCUCCAUGCGGCGCAUUCGGUAUGAGUUCAAAGCCAAAGGAGUGAAGAAACAGAAGGCGUUACUUAAAGUGUCAGCUGACGGUGUCUAUGUUUACGGAAGAAACAAACCAAAGGUGGCAAGUCGGAACCAGGCUCUCUUCUGCCUUAAGCAAAAUAUCGGGAUCGACUACUCCAGUCCCUACUGUUGCUUUAAAUGCGAGAAAAAGAGCACUCUACUGACAGCGGAUGCUGUGAUUGUCCUUGUUAUAGAAAUACCUACCUCAAUGAACAUGGAGGUUGGUGGGACUGGCGGGCCUCAGACGCCCUCCUCUCCCUCCUGCCACAGUGGCAGCAACGGUGGCGGUCUUCUCGGCUUGGGUUUGCGCAACGCCUCUGCCCUCUCCUGCGUACAUCCCGCCAACGUAAUACUCUUCCAUCCUAUCUACAGAAUUUUCUACGUCUCUCAUGACUCUCAGGAUUUGAAGAUAUUCAGCUAUAUUGCUAGAGAUGGCAAAAGCAGCUGCUUCAAAUGCUACGUCUUCAAGGCUUAUAAAAAAUUUGAUUUAAACGUCUUCUUCGCCCAGUUGCAGGCGAUGAGAAUAGUUCGAACUGUUGGCCAGGCUUUUGACGUCUGUCAUCGGCUGGCACUUCAAAAGCAGGAAAACGAUCAAGCCUCAAAGAAGAGCGACGAAGGUCAGACUGCAGGAGGUGGUGAUAGUUUUCACACGACCUUACCACACCGUCGAAAACCGCUACAGCAGAACCACCGCAGUCAAUCACCACCCAUUGGCGAGAACUCCUCGGACGAGAACGAAUGGCAUUCGCCGCGCAGGCGACGACAUCGGACGCGACGAAAGAAUUGCAGCUCCGAUGAGGACCCUGGGAAGAAUGGAAGGGAAGAUCGUGCGAGGAGCGUCAUUUACAGCGAGGAGGCCUCUGACGAGGACUCAAAGCAACCCAUCACUCCAUUGACGUUGAAGAAGGUAAAGAAGGCCGCUUCUGGCCUACGUCGGCGUCGUCAUCGUGCCUUCAGCAACAAUGGCGAUGCUUCAAGUGACAGCUCUGAUGUUCCACGUCGUUAUCCUCGUUCGCACAUAAAGCAGAGCAUCACCAACGAUGACUUCCUAGCAUGGGACCGAUUCGGGCAUGGUCUAGGAUAUCCAACACCUAUUUCUCUCCCCCUCUUCGGUUUGCCGCAAAGUCAGUCGCUUGAUACAAAUCUUGCACGCGAAAUUUUGUGUGGAAGUAGCACACAUUCAGUGCAAAGCCAGUCCAGUAUUCCACCUGAUCCCGUUCUACUUAGUCGUUUGUUGAGCGAACUUCAAGGUAGCCUAACGAGUGAUCAGCCGGUUGUGUCGAAAGAAAAGCAACGUCAGUCAGAUUCGAUGUCAUGGGUUCCAUAUCUGGGUGGACGUGUCGGAACGUUAAGUGAGACGCACGAUUCUCUCAUUCGGCAGCUGGACAUUCUAGGAGCCAAAAUGACUAGGACGUGCAAAAAUGACCUAAGAUCAGUUUCUUCCUACCAACUUUCGAAGGAGGCAUCAAACAGCGGCGAUCCUACCAUGGGAAUACCGAUUUCAAUUACCGCUCCCAACUUGGCCUCCACACCGGCUGACUCAGCAAAGCUAGAAGAAAAGGUAGCCAACAGUGAGACAGUUCUGUCUACGGAAACACUCGAUGUGCUAAAGCGGCAGCUAAAUAUCCAGGAGACAGAGACCAAAAUAGCCAUCUAUCAAGUCCAUCGGCUAAUGAGGCAACUCAGAUUGGAGGCUGCAGCGCGUAUGGAAGGGCAAUAUCGAAUCGAACAGCUCCUCAACCAAAACAGGAAUCUUUCUGAAGGGUUUCAGAAAAUGGCUCUGCGGUUAAAACGUCUGGAAAAUCUCUCCCCAGUUCCUCCUGCUACCUCAAUUUCCAAAGUUUCCAACGGCGUGUCUCCAUCCACCUACUCCGGGUCAAAGUCAGAGGGUUUUUCGCGGCUUGCAGAGCUGGACGCAAUGGUGCAGAACAUGCUGAGUCCUGGUUCUCGGCAUCAGUCGCUUCGAAAAACCUCCUCCUCAGGACACACAGUGCAGGGACAGCUUUCCCUUAGUGGAAGUCCCAAACUCCCCAGUCUUUCCCCGUUGCAGUCGGGCCGAAGUGGGAUCGCUAACAACGGUACACGGCUAUCGGGUACUGAGAACUCCUCUAGUCCUGGUGGUAGCAACUCACUAAGUCUUCCUCCUCCACUGCAAAUGCCCUACCGCAGUCCGGGUGGCGAAGAUGGCUUUUUGGAACUAGCCACUCGAUCGUCAGUACCGAAUGACGAGAAGGUGUCUACGUGCAACUGGGUGGAUGAGUGCUUCGGUAGGACAGCGGAGAACCAGGCAGGGAAGGGAAACAAUCCGAUGGAGUUGCUGUUUGAGCCUUUUCGAGGACAGGAGGAGCUUUCCGGCGGCCUCCUACCCCCCACACCUCCCGCGAGGGUGCCCUCUGCCGUGAACGGCGGCAAUCCCUGGGCGGUCGACGCUGCUGCUAUAGCGGCCGAAAAAGAGAGCAGUCAGAAGAAGCCUCUGAACCUACCGGCAACUUAUCACUCCAAAUUCACAUCUGCCUCACGGCGUGUCGGCAAUAUGGCCAUAUUGCCACUGCGCUCAAAAGUGCGCGGGCCAGCUCCACAGGAUCCUAAUCUUGAGGAAGACAUAAUCGACGAAGCGCUCUUGUAUUUCAAGCCCCUCACUUUCUUUCGAAACUACGAGUUCAAGGCAUGUAGCAUUACUGAUGCUGACCGUGUUCUUGUCUACCUGGUCCUCUACAUCUUGGAAUGUUUGAAAAAACUACAAAGAUGUUCGACAAAGUCUCAGGGGUCAAAAGAACUAACAACUUUGGCUCUGGCGCGUUUCGACAUUCCAGGUGACCCCGGCUUCCCACGAGAACUGAAUAAUUUGUACGCAAAGCCCUCGUUAGCUGACGCUAGCCUCAUGCGCGAAUACAUCUCUCAACUGCGCACAGAGUUAGGGCUUCGUCUGCUUGACAAGGUCUACGCCGACGAUCAGUCGCAGCCCAGCAAGUGGUGGUUGUGCUUCGCUAAGCGUAAGUUCCUCGACCAGAGUCUCUCCGCACCGGGAUCCUACUAG